AUGCCAAUAAUGCGUAUGAGAGCUGAAAAGAAGAUGCGCAAGCAUCUUCUUGAGCAACUCAAAGCUAGAAAGAUCCUUGGUGCUAGAAUAGCCAAAGGCGAGAAGACUGAAAAAGAUUUGAUCAGUUUAAAUAUGGCACCACAAGUUUUUUUAUUCAAAAAUCUAUUCAGUGGCCAAGUAUUAUAUUCUCAGGUACCAGCAUAUCAUCAAGAUCAAAUUGAUAUGCAAUUUUUGAGACCUAAUUGGGAGAACAGGAAACCUAGCCGAAGAAAUGAUCUUUGGAGAAUUAUGUGUGUGGCUAAUUUCAGCUCUUAUGAGUAUGCUGUAGCUGCUUACAAUGGAUUAGUACAAUUACGUAAAGUUAGGGAUACAAUUAAGCAGAAGGAUGCUAAACUGAUGAGAAAAAAGAAUGAUGAAGGUAAUACAUGGUAUUCAGGACAAUACCGACCAACGUAUUCUCAGGAGGCCGUUGCCGACUUGUCACAUGUUAUAGAAGAGUUUGAAUUGGAGAAUACAAUUUUGCACUGGGAAAAUUUAUGGAGAAAAGGAGAUGACGAACACUGGAGACCAGAUUUGGUUUUGCACGAAACGCUUCCUCCUUUUGAUCCGAGGCAACAAACUAUCCUCCUCGAUGACCUUAGAGCAAAAGCUGUAGAAGAGUUUUCUAAGUUAAGAGAAUCCAUUGAAGCUCAAAAACUAGCUGAAUCAAACGCUCAACUCACUUAG